CUGCCGAAGUUGAUAUUAAAAAAACAAACAAACAAAAAACUCGUAAAUCGAGUGACUCGUAUCUCGAGGCACACCUGUAUUUCCUCCAUCCAUCCAUUUAUGGGGGGGAAAUUACUUUGAAAUCCGCACACUGAACUCAAUGUGUCCCCGUAGUUAAAUAACCCUCUUUUUUUAAUAUAUAUAGCUAAUUUCUUCCAUCCUCCACCUCUCGUCGGAAAACAUGCUCGCUAACUUCCUGUGGACAGGAACGGCAACUCCGGGAAUACACCGCGUGGCACUCGCGGGGGCAGUCGGGCCGGGCCGGGCUGGGCUCAGGGGCGGCGGGGCUCGGAUCUCACGUUUCCAGCCAACAAUGACGAUCUACACAAGCUAAUGCGAACAGGUUAGCUCAUUGAAGUCUACGAGUUAUGCUAGCCCGUUAGCCGCAUCCAGGUAGCUUGUAGAUCGAUGAGCUGGGGCGGGCAAAAGUCAGCAUCCUUCCCGAAGUGGAAAAAAAAAAGAAAAAAAAGUGGAGAAGCCCCAAACAAGCUAAAAGUUGUCCUCCGGGCGGGCGGAGUGAGGACAUGGAUGAAAAGGAGCUGUUUUCGCGAAGAAAGUAAAACCCCGAACCAGGGCGGGGGAAAGAAUGAUCACCUAGCCGCUAGCUCGAGCUGUGAAGAGAAAAGUUGUGGCGUCCGUCGCUUCCCCACCGCCGCCCCCCCCCCCAAAAAAAACCAAGACGUCUCGGUCGGCAAUGGCGAGCCGCGAAGGAGCCGCCACCGCCGCGUCCAAAGCCAAACUGAGGCCGCGGAAGAAGAAGAAAAGCAAAAAAGAGAGUAAAACCCGCAGCGUCCGCGCCAACAUCCACGGCGAGGACGACGACGACGACGAGCCCAACCGACAUUACGCCGACAACAAAAUCAAGACCACCAAGUACACGCUGCUCUCCUUCCUGCCCAAGAAUCUCUUCGAGCAGUUCCACCGCUUCGCCAAUGUUUACUUUGUCUUCAUCGCGCUGCUCAACUUCGUGCCGGUGGUCAACGCCUUCCAGCCCGAGCUCGCCCUCGCCCCGGUGGUCUUCAUCCUGUCGGUCACGGCCAUCAAGGACCUGUGGGAGGACUACCGGAGACACAGGUCCGACAAGGAGAUCAACCACAUGGACUGUCUGGUCUACAGCAGGACAGAGCGGCGCUACGUGGAAAAGUUCUGGAAGGAGGUGCACGUGGGCGACUUCAUCCGGCUGCGCUGCAACGAGAUCCUGCCGGCCGACGUUCUGCUGCUGAGCUCCAGCGACCCCGACCGGCUGUGUCACAUCGAGACGGCCACGCUGGACGGCGAGACCAACCUCAAGCAGCGGCAGGUGGUGCGCAGCUUCUUUGACCUGGACUGCGACUUCGACCCGUCCAAGUACGACAGCAUUAUCGAGUGCGAGAAGCCCAACAACGACUUGAACCGAUUCCGAGGCUACAUAAUCCACCGGAGUGGCCGACGAGACGCACUUUACAAGGACAACCUGCUGCUGAGGGGCUGCACCAUCCGCAACACGGAGGAGGCGGUGGGCAUCGUCAUUUACGCCGGUCACGAGACCAAAGCCAUGCUUAACAACAACGGGCCUCGCUACAAGCGCAGCAAACUGGAGAGACAGAUGAACGUGGACGUCUUCUGGUGUGUCAUCAUCCUGUUGGUCAUGUGCUCCUUUGCUGCUGUUGGUCACGGGCUGUGGGUGUUUCAGUACGGAGAUAAGAGGCCCGUUUUUGACGUCCUCAGUCCGGAGGGUAAAGACUUGUCGCCCGUUUUGUCGGCCAUCUAUCUCUUCCUCACCAUGAUUAUCGUCUUCCAGGUGCUGAUACCCAUCUCACUGUUCGUGUCCAUCGAGAUCGUGAAGAUCUGCCAGGUGUACUUCAUCCACCAGGACACUGAGCUAUAUGACGAAGAGAGCGACUCCCACCUUCAGUGCCGCGCCCUAAACAUCACAGAGGACCUCGGGCAGAUGCAGUACAUCUUCUCCGACAAGACGGGCACGCUCACAGACAACAAGAUGGUGUUCCGACGCUGCACUGUGGCGGGCGUGGAGUACUCUCACGACGCCAAUGCAAGAAGACUGGCCAUGUACCAGGAGGUGGACUCGGAGGAGGAGGACUGCACGUCUCACGCUGGGACGCUGCCCAGGCGAGACAGCGUGGGCAGCCACCACAGCGUCAAGGUGGUGCUGCGCUCCCACAGCACCAAAUCCCACCGCAGGACGGGCAGCAGGGCUGAGGCCAAGAGGGCCAGCAUCCUGUCCAAGCACACGGCCUUCAGCAGCCCCAUGGAGAAGGACGUCACGCCCGACCCUCAGCUGAUGGACAAAGUCAACGAAUGCGGCAGUCAGAUGGACUUCAUGCGCUUCCACAGCCAGUCCAUGUCGCAGCUGCCCUCUGACCUCGACGACAUCAUGGAUUUUUUCAUCGCCCUGACCCUCUGCAACACGGUGGUGGUGUCCUCCCCCGACCAGCCCCGGCACAAGGUCCGGAUGAGGUUCGAGCUCAAGUCCCCGGUCAAGACCAUCGAAGACUUCAUCAAACGCUUCACGCCGAGCCGCCUGACCUCGGGCUCCAACAGCGGCAGCUCAUCAAGCCUCGCCACCAACCGUUCCUCCACCAAGGGCUGCUCCAGCUUGCUGUCCUCCCCCUCUGCCGAGAGCACCCUCACCAAGCUGGAGGAGGAGGAGGCGGCGGCGCCGGCGGUGUCGGCUCACGCCUUCAGCCCCGUGCCGCCCGCGUACGACGGGAAAGCGAGGAACCCCGAGGGCGCGGACCUGCGCUACGAGGCCGAGUCUCCGGACGAGGCGGCGCUGGUGUACGCCGCCAGGGCCUACAAGUGCUCCCUCGUCGGGCGGCUCCCGGACCAGGUGACGGUGGACCUCCCCCACCUGGGCAAGCUGAACUUUGAGCUGCUGCACACUUUGGGAUUCGACUCCACCAGGAAACGCAUGUCUGUGGUGGUGAAACACCCGCUCACGGACCAGAUCACCGUCUACACCAAAGGUGCUGACUCUGUCAUCAUGGAUCUCAUCAAAUCCCCCAACAUAGGUAACUCCAAGGGAAAACGGCAGAAAAAGAUCAUCUACAGGACGCAGAACUACCUGAACCAGUACGCCGCCGAUGGCCUCCGCACGCUUUGCAUUGCCAAAAAGGUUCUGAGCAAGGAGGAGUACGCAUGCUGGCUGCAGCGCCACCUGGAGGCCGAGACGGCCAUCCAGGGACGCGAGGAGCUGCUGUUCGAGUCGGCCCUGCGUCUGGAGACCAACCUUCAGCUCCUGGGCGCGACGGGAAUCGAGGACCGGCUGCAGGACGGCGUGCCCGAAACCAUCGACGCCCUGCGGAAGGCCGGCCUGCAGAUCUGGGUGCUGACGGGCGACAAGCAGGAAACGGCCGUCAACAUCGCGUACGCAUGCAAACUGCUGGACCCUGAAGAGGAGAUCCUGACUCUCAAUGCGGACUCCAUGGAGGCUUGCUCCCUGCUUCUCGAGGAGAGUUUACACUACAUCCAGGCCAAAUUCCUGUGCGGCUCGGCCAAGGCCUUCGGCGCCGACCUCGCCCCCUUCCGCGUCUACCCGUCUCCUCCUCCUCACCCGCUCUGGUCGUCCUCCCACGCCGCCGUGCACCGGCUCGGCCUGGUCAUCGACGGCCGCACCCUGGCUUACGCCCUGGACCGGAGCCUGGAGGACAAGUUCCUGGCGGUGGCGCGCAGCUGCCGCUCGGUGCUGUGCUGCCGGUCCACGCCGCUGCAGAAGAGCAUGGUGGUCAAGCUGGUGCGCGACAAGCUCAAAGUCAUGACGCUGGCCAUAGGCGACGGAGCCAAUGAUGUCAGUAUGAUCCAGGUAGCUGACGUCGGCGUGGGCAUCUCGGGACAGGAGGGCAUGCAGGCGGUGAUGGCCAGCGACUUUGCCCUGCCGCGUUUCCGCUACCUCCAGAAGCUGCUGCUGGUGCACGGACACUGGUGCUACUCGCGCCUGGCCAACAUGAUCCUCUACUUCUUCUACAAGAACGCCAUGUUCGUGGCGCUCAUCUUCUGGUAUCAGUUCUACUGCGGCUUCUCCGGCUCGGCCAUGAUCGACCAGUGGUAUCUGAUCUUCUUCAACCUGAUGUUCUCCGCCUUCCCGCAACUCGUCACCGGCACGCUGGACAAGGACGUGCCGGCCGAGACGCUGCAGCAACUACCUCAGCUUUACGUCAACGGACAGAACUCGGAGGAAUACAAGCCGUACAUGUUCUGGAUGAAUAUGAUGGACGCCUUCUACCAAAGCCUCAUCUGCUUCUUCAUUCCCUACUUCGCCUACGCCGACUCGGACGUGGACCUGUUUACAUGGGGGACCCCCGUCACCACCAUCGCCGUCUUCACCAUUCUGCUGCAUUUGGGGGUGGAGACCAAAACCUGGACGUGGAUGAACUGGCUGUCGAUCUGCUUCAGCGUGGCUCUCUUCUUCGCGGUGGCGCUGUGCUACAACGCCUCCUGCCCCGCCUGCUACUCUCCCUCCAACCCGUACUGGACCAUGCAGAGGCUGCUGCAGGACCCGGCCUUGUACCUGCUGUGCCUCAUCACGCCGGCGGCCGCGCUGCUGCCCAGAUAUUUCUACCGGGCGUGUCAAGGCACCUUCUUUCCCAGCCCGGUCCAAGCGGGCCGGCGGUUGGGUCGGCUCCCCGCCAAAGACCCCCGGGGGAACAUCCUGAACUCGAGCGGGAUCCGGACGGGGGCGGGGCCCGACCCCGAGGCCAAAUCCUCCGCGGCUUCCCUCGCCAAAGACCCCCGCCGGGAAUCGGAGCGCCCCGACGCCGGUCUGUCGGUCCGGAUCCACCUCCCCCCCGACGGGGGCGUCAAGUACACCAGGAACUCCCAGGAUGGACUCAACGUCGGCUAAAGUGCCACGCCUCUCCCGUCCAUUUUCCAAUUUGCACGUUUUUUAUGAUAUUUUUUCCAAAGAGCUUCUUUUAUAAAGGAUGCAAAUAGGUACUUUAUUUUAUGCUAAUGUUAUUUGGGAGUUGGAAGAAGAACUCUGUGUCCUUUUUAUUUGCCGGGAAAGCUUAAUUUUCCACAGAAGAUGCAUCUCGUUGCUGUCUGAGAUAGCUUUUCUUUUCUUCUUUUUUCUUUUUUACAUCCAAAGUGCUUUGACGCAACAGCGGCCGGCCUUGAUUGUGUCUUUCGAAGAGGACUUUUUGUUUUUUCUCUCUUUUUCAGCACAGCGUGACCUCAGUUCACUGUGGAAUGUCAGUGCCACACGAAAAAGAAAAAUACUCAAAGGAUGAGGGGAAAAAAAGUCCGAAAGGUUGAUUUCAAAUAAAGUGGUAGAAUUAAACGACAAAAGUGGUAAAUUAGAAGAAGUUCUAAAUUAUUAACAAAAGUCUUAACUUGCUAGAAAAAUUGUUAAGGUUUUAUACUAAAGGUUGUAAUAUGUCGUAAACCUGACCCAAAAAGUUGUGCAUUGCAAGAAUAUAGUUGCGUUUUGGACCCAAAAAAUUCAAGUUAUAGGCGUUUUCAACAAAGUUGUGAGUUACAAUCUGAAACUAUUAAAUCACAAUAAAAAGUCAUACGUUACAAGAAUACUUUAUUUUUUUUUGAAUAAAAAGAAGACAUUACAAAUAUACAAAGGUUUGAAACAAAGUCGUAAAUUGCAACUGUUCAUCAAACAAUUUUUUACACUACAUUUUUGAAGUUACGAGAAGACGCGUUCAAUCCAAAGUAAAUUACAAGAAGUCGUUUUAAAAAAAUGUAAAAGAUUUAAAGUUGUGAAAUUACAAGGGAACAUUCGGAGAAUUCGAAGCGCCAAUUUGAACACGUGACUGCGGGUAAUAUUUCGCCUAAUCAUAGCUUUCCCUCGUAAUAGUUGUGCUUAAUUUUUCUGACUUGAUUCUCGUUUUAUUUUCCAUUUUCGUGUGGCUCUCGUACAUUUCUUUGGGUGGCCAUUUUGCUGGAUGACUGCGAAUGUCUCUUCUUCGCGUUCCCGGAAACAAUCCAAAGACGGUCACGCUCCAGCUCGCGGGAUUGAUGCUCAUUAUGUCUCAUUGUGUUUUAGCAGUGUUAACCAAAGAUGCCUCAAGGUUAUCUUGUUUCAUAUCCGAACGAGUUGGGGGGUCAAUGUUGAAUGCCUUGUUUUGCAAAAAACAAAAAAACAUUCCUGAACGUUAAGCUCGCAACCGUUUUACUUGAAGGUCUUAAGGUCUUAAAGGUCGUUUCUCUAUGCUCGUGUUCAGGUGGAAACAAACAAAGCAAAACGUUCCAGCGGCCAAGGAACCAACUUUUUAAAAGCACUUUGACAUUUUCAGACGUCCCCCUCCAUCCGAAAUUUUCCGUUUGGUUCCCGUGAAGAAAUGACGUGGUCGUUGUUGAAUACAUCAUCGUUCGUGUGUUGUAUUUCCCACGUAUGUGCCUUAACACUGGAUAAUAAAUGUUGUCGUUCCCCAUUUGAAGCUGUAAAAAUGGUUUUGGAUUGGGGUUUGGUUUUUUUGUUGUUGUUGUUGUUGUUGUUGUUUUUUUUUCCCCAACUUGGAUGUUUCCAUGCUUCGGAUGUGUCGUAUGCUUGCAAAAUUGUGGGAAUUUUCAAAAUUAUAUUUUGUUGCUUUGUGUCGCUCAAAUGUCGGCUCUCGGUACCAAGUAAUACAUCGACCGAGCGAUCAAAAGGCAGCACUUCACACAUUGCCACUGCGAGACGAGCUUCGGGUGUCGGGGGAGGAGCCAAGUUUAGCCUGGGUUGUUACGGAGAGUCUUCGCCGCAUAAUCACUUGCAUUAAAAGGUCAGCGGAACAAGCGCUUUUGAUAAAGCAGAGCGAAUUUAUUUAUAUAGCGCAUUCCAUACACAAGGUAACUCAAUGUGCUUCACAGGAUUCAAAGCAUGAAAAAAAAAAAAACAGCUCAUAAACAUUUAAACAAAGUAGGGGGAAAAAAUCAAUCAAAACUGCGUACAGUGCAAGAAAUUCUCUAGAAAGGGGGAAAAAAAGAAGAGUUUGGAAGCUGGACUUCAAAACACGAACACUCGGUCGGGGUUGACGUCACUUCUGUUGGCAACUUCUUCCAUUUGUGUGCAGCAUAAUCGCUAAAUGCUGCUUCGGACUCUGUGCUCCACUAUUUGACCUGAGUCUGUCCAUCUCAGAGCCCUACUGGGUUUAUAUUCCAUUCGCAUUGCUUUCAUGUCGUCAGGACCUAAACCGUUUCGUGAUUUAUAGACCAGUAGCAGCGCUUUCAAAUCUAUUCUAAAGCUGACUGGAAGCCAGUGUAGAGAGUACUAUGCUCUGACCUCUUUGUUCUGCAGCUGUUUAAUGCUCUUUUUAGGGAGUCCAGUCAGAAGAGCAUUACAAUUGUCAAGUCCAUUGUAAAGCAUGGAUGAGGUUCUCCUGGUCUGCUUGGCACAUGCAGGCCUUCACUCUGGAUAUGUUCUUCAGAUGCCAGAAGGCAGUUUUAGUCAUUGAUUUCAUAUGACUGUUGAAAGUCGGGUCGGAAUCUAUCAGAACACCAAGGUUUUGGACUUGGUCUUUGGUAUUUACUAACAGCAAUCCUCUUUUCUUUAUUGGCAAAAUAAACAAUGAUCUCAG